AUGACGAUUUCUUUUCUUUCAGAAUUGGUUACUGGUACAGAUGAUUUUACAAUAAGAGUAAGAAUUUGUAGAAUGUGGAACGCCAUUAAUCUCAAGAAAAAUGGUGAGCUUAUCAGUAUGGAUAUGAUAUUUAUCGAUGAAAAGGGUAAUUUGAUGCAUGGUAUAAUUAAAAAAAAUCAGGUUAACAGGUUCAAAGACAAGUUGAAUGAAGGUUCUGUAUUUGUCAUCAAGAACUUCAAAGUUGUUGAAAGCAUUGGGGGAUAUAGACCUGUUCAAAACUCAUUAAAAAUCAUUUUCUUUGCCUCAACUGCAAUCAAGAAUUUGUCUGAAGAUAUUGUUGAAAUUCCAGUAAACGGUUUUGAAUUUAUUAAUCCAGAUGUGAUUGACUCAAGGGUGAACAACAACAUUGUCUUAUCAGAAUUGGUUACUGGUACAGAUGAUUUUAGAAUAAGAGGUAAUUUGACGCAUGGUAUAAUUAGAAAAAAUCAGGUUAAGAGGUUCAAAGACAAGUUGAAUGAAGAUAUUGUUGAAAUUCCAGUAAACGAUUUUGAAUUUAUUAAUCCAGAUGUCAUUGACUCAAGGGUGAACAACAACAUUGUCGUAUCAGAUGUUGUUGGUUGUUUAUAUGGAAUUGGUGAUAUCGAGAGUGUUGGUUCAAAAUGGAAGAAGAGGGAUAUCAACAUUCUUACUGAUUACUCUAAUGUUAACAAUCUUCCUCGUGAGGAAGAGAUGUUUUUGAACCGUAUGGACAUUAAGGAGUUGUUGGAGGCUGAGUGGAGCUCUGAACUACAGGAAUACAUUGUUACAGUGAAGAGCAAGAUAAUAGAAAUACAUACCUAUUUUGGGUGGUACUACAUUUCAUGCAAUGUGUGCUCGAAGAAGAUUGAACCAACAAAUAGUAUUUACCGAUGCCACAAUUGCAACAAAGAUUGCAAAUUUCCUUUGGUCAGGUACAAGAUACACCUAAAAAUGACAGAUAGGACCGGAGACACUACUUUUAUCUUAUUUAAUGUGGUGGCUGAGAAACUCCUUGAUACAUCAGCUCACAAGUUGUUCAACAAGCUUACUACAGCUAACAAUGAUGUGCCUGUCCAAGUCCAAAGCCUUUGUGGGAAAGAAUUUGUUUUUAAACUGAGAUUAAAUCACUAUAAUUUGAAAGAAGGUCUUGAGAAUUUUACAAUAUCAAAGCUUUGGAUUCCAGAUGAUAAUUUGGAAGUACAAUACAAACUAAGGAAAGAAGAAAAGGGGAAGAACUUACCCAAAAAUGAAACUGACCCAAAAGAUCAGGGAACCAACGGAUUGACCAAAUAG